AGAGUCCGCGUCGUGUGGUGCCGUGUGCAAACGCCCUGCUGCGAGAGCGAGAUGUGUAACAGAGCAGUCUGAGUCAGAGCGCGUCGCGGAAAAAUAAUUCCAUUCGAUAUUGCACGAUAUUCUCGAAGGGAGAAAAUUGCUUGGAAAAAAUCGUCGGUGAAAAAUCGGUUGACAAUCGCGCCGCUAGCGCGGUUCGAUCGACGAAAAGUCUCGGCUGCUCACUUGUGAUAGUUGCAUCGUCGCGAGAAACGCAUCCGAAUCGCGUCGAAGUCGAUCUUUCGAGUUGCGUCGAUGGCUGACCCAACUGAAUAAGUGCUUUCGGAAAUAGGGUUUUUCGCGUAGAUAUAAUUGUGCGAUUCUAUGUGUGCGCGCGCUAAUGACGUUUUACGACAAUCGGGCGUGUGCAUUGCGCGGUUCUACGCGGUAAUCGCGUUAUCUAGCUGUAAUGUUUCAGAUAUGGAGCUUUUAAACGAGCUCUAGAGCUAUAAUCCGUGAUAAUAUCUCUUUAACUUCUCCUGUGUGUGUGAGAGCGUACGAAUAUUCUACAUAAAUUAUUCCGACGCGCGUGCUUUAUACAUGAUAUCCAAUGUCGGAUUAUUCGUGUGUUCGGAUAUGAUUAUUCAGUCAAUGUAUUGGGACCAAGUUUGACAGAAGGCGUUGCGGGAGGAAUGUAAAUAAUAAAGAACCAUAAAAGAGAGAUAGGAUUAAACAGAAAAGACACGCUAAGAGUGUGCAGACGCAUAUUACAUCCGAGCGCUGCUUAUAUAGUGCAUCGCUGUGCGUCGGAAUUGUGAUAACGAGUCAUCGUUAUCUACGUUAUCGCGGUGUCGUGUCACACUUCCUUGAAUGAUUUAGUGUGCAAGCACGAAAACGCUAUUAUGAUAUAGCGGAUACCGGGAGCGCGAAUGUGACGUACCUCGUCGACGAAUGAUGUUAGUAUUGCUGUUGUGCAUCAUCAUGAAGAUAGCAGAAUUUUCCGUGGGCCGGAUGAGCCCGCCGCCGCUGACGGUGCCGGCGCGGCCGCCGCCUCCCACUUGCAACAGGCGGUGUAGGCGAUGCAUUCGAUACAGAAGUCCUUCGCCCAAGUGUGGACAUCGCCGACAAUCUUACGGCGACAAUAAAUAUAUUACACGAAAAUUUGUAGGAGGAGGAGUUACAGUCAUGGAAGAGCCACAAACUCCAGGAUCUGAUUGCAAUUCUAACCCGGCGACAGAUUCCAUUCAGCAAGAUUUAGUUGGCUCCGAGUUUGUUCAAGACAAUGUUGAAUAUCAAUGGUUUAUCGAUUAUGGAUAUAGAGAUGGAGGAUUACAUAUCCAUCCCAGCGUUCUUUCAUCACUUUCUGCAUCCUAUUCUCCCAAGGACCUGGGUUAUUACGAUGAUCUCGCUCGUAAUUUGGAUGCCAAUCUGGCAGAGAUCGACAUGGAGAGUUUUCGUACAGCUGACAUUCAUACCCUGCUUACAGCUCUACCUGUCAUGUGCACAGAACCAGUUCAACAUUCUGAAUUUAACUAUCAAAGGGAACAGUAUGCCAGUAUAUCUGGAUCUGUCAUGGAAAAGCUUGACAUCGGUUCCUCCAUCAGCCCUCAUACCAGUAGCCAGGGGGAAGAUUCGGCGUGUUCCACGGCUGAUACAAUAUCCAUAUGCAAGUCAUCGUUGCUGUUUUCUCCAGUAAAAGAGACACCAAUGCUACCACCAGGUGGUAGCUACAGUGUGGAUUCGCUGGAUUGCGAGGAUAUGCUACUCACUUGUCAAACAAAUAAUAAAAACAACUAUACUAUUGCUUUCGAGGGCAGCAUGACUAUGUAUUCGGAUGGUUCUCAAGAUUUUGAAAAUCAUGAUAAACACAAGACAUACGAAUCGCCAGAUGUAUUCUACGAUAAGCAGAAAGAUAUAAAAGCUAUGCUGGAUUUAUCAAUGGCAUGCUCAGAUUCGAAAAUAUAUACAACAUGGAGUAAUUUGAAACAUUCCUCCAUGAAUAAAGUGAUAACUCGUCAUCCUUCUGGUAACAACAACACGCUACCAGAUAUUUCACAAAGUGCUGCUAAUCUGACGCUUGGUGGGAUGAGCAAACGAAGUCAAAGCUUACCGGAUCUUUCUCGCGUUCGAGAAUUCCAACAUACUAAUAUACCUCUUAAUUUUAGUGUUGAUUCUGCCGAAUCAAGCAACCACAUGCAACGGCUGCAAAGAUCCGGAUCCGCGAUGAGCCGUUCGACAAACGCGGAGAGCUCGGACAACGGGGAGAACACUAGUACAAAAAAGCUGCAGAAUCUCAGUCUCGUCAGACUGUUCAUGAAGCAAAAGAGCAUGAGCGUGGAGGGAAUGAGCCUUACCUUGGAUCAGUCAGAUUCUAUUAGCGAUAAUAGUGGCUGGCCCACUAGCAACAGCGGUAGCGAUAGCGCAACUAAUACGAACACUCAGAUACAACGGCAAAACGGUCAAGAUAAUAUCUGCGAUCGUCGUGCACACGAAAAUGAUUUCUCCAUCAAUUGGAUCAAGCGCGAUUUGACUAAUAAUCGCGAUAUGGAAAAUCAAACGGAAAAUUUAAACGUGAAAUGCACGUCACGAAACAGAGGCAAUAAAAUUGAAAUGACGUCAUCUGCGUCGGUGGAAGAACUCUCAGAAAGUAUGUCCAAGGAAAGUGUGUCGGGCACAGGCGAUCAGCGAAGCUUCGAUAUCAUCAACAGCCCCUUCGAACAUGAACAGAAGGGCGGCUGGGUCGGCUUUGUGGAGAAGAAACACCCGAUCUGCCGAACAAUGGGAAUACAGGCGAACACAGAAACGGAGGACAACGCGGUUCAAACCUCUUUAAUUUUUACCAAGGACAAAUACGGGCCUCUCUUGCAAGAAACGACAGUCAAUAAGAAACCCGUUUACGUUGUGUAUCCCAAUUACACGCUACCUGAUCUGUCGUUUCUCAAAGGUAAGGAUACCAAAGUCGAUAAUAUUGCAUUGAAGCCACACACGUUCGACAAGAACAAAAUGGAGUGGAAACGCAAUGUUCGUUCGAGCAGACCGUUUUCGUGCAACGACAUCGACGCUUUGCGACAACGCGGAUUCGCGCAUAUAAAGGAUUGGGAGUCGUUGACAUUCUUGUUGCCGAACGAAUACAAAAAGAUUUUGUACGACGUGCCGGAAAUAUCCAAGUAUAUCAAUAUCAACGAGGAAGUCAAGCGACCUCUGUUCUGCUUGUCUCCCCCAAUGCGCCACAAGACUCGACCUAUCAGCGAAAUCGUUCCAAACAACACUUCGUCGACGAGCAGCACCGCGACGCAACCGUCUUCCGGAUACAGAGGCUCGUCGACAAUUUUGACUGACUCGUCGACAAACCAGCAGCCAUUGUCGAACAACACAAUCAAUCCGUUGUACCUGUAUCGUUACGACAGCAUCAGUUCGGAGGCCAGCUUGGUGAACAAUGAUAAGAAACUGCAUAGGUUCAAUCAAACGAGGCAAGCUUGCCCAUCACUUCCGAAGCGAUCUGUUUCGUUGCCACAGGGCGAGGGAGAGCCCGACUUUAACAACAGCAAAGUGCCACCGCGACCGCCGUUGCCGAGAAGCAUUUUACGAAAGAACAAAGUUCUCGGCAGUAAACGGUACAGUAUGUUCGAGAUGGGAGACGUGGGCGAGCAAUCGGAGGAGCAAUCUGCGGAGGUGAACAAAAGAAUGUCCCUGCAGGAGCCGUAUUAUAUGAACAAUGAUUUGCAGUUGCGUAGAACGAUCGAUUCGGAGAAAGAUGUCGAUGAAACGGAAGCGGAUAGGUAUUUUAAAGAGAAAUUGAUGAACGAGAUGGCGAAUAACGCGAACGUGAAGUCGGAAACUUCUCAGCACAGCGACGACGAUAUUAAGCAACUGGAGGAAUACCUGAAACGCAGCGGCUUCUCGUCCCAAAGCAGUGACGGUGACGAGAACGCUGAAGUUAAAGUGAGAUCAUAUGUGAGGAAAUUCUUAGCUCUCAGAAUGAACAAAGAUCCACUUGUUAGAAACAUCGAUAUGGGAGACUCGCAAAGAAAAACCGUCAGUUUUGCUGUACACCAACGGAAGAAACAUCUAGACGCUAAGUCAAGUAAUCUCAAUGUCGCUGUAAAUGAACAAAACCAGGAUCAGGCGGUUGAGGAUAGAUCGACGGAGCUAGAAGACAAGAAAAAAAUGGUGUCGUCUGUAAAAAGAGCAGUGGACCUGCUAUUAAAAUAUUGGAAUGCCGAUUCCAAUCACAGUCGUCCUAAUUAUAAUGAAAAGAAUGAAUGUGCACAGAUCUGUCUGAGCAAUUUAUGCCCGGCUUUAUACGCUAUAAUGUCGGAUGGCUUGAAACCCCAUUUGAACUCCACUUUCGGACCAAUUACUAAUAGCGUUUGGCAGGUCGUCGAAGCUAGUUCUCAGCAAGGACCUCUUACGAAAACAUUGAAUGAACUAGUGCAGAGAAUUAAUGGCGAAGAUGUUAUUACAGAAGGAAUGCUAAAAUUCCAUGCUUUUGUAUUCGGCUUGCUAAAUCUAAGAGCUCUGGAUGCCUGGUUUGCAUAUCUAUGUACACGUGAAUCAAUUCUACGGAAACAUUAUAAUAACAACAGCUUAUUCGUCGCAGCUUUAGCCAACACUAAUGUUCGAGAAAUCGUCGAUUCAUUAUUAUAUAUUUUGAAUCCACUUGCAUUCUGUCCAUUUCAUCUGGAUCUUCUCUAUCAGUAUCGUCAAUUGCAGAAUAGCUUUGGAAAUCUAAAUAGUCACACUGUAAAUGCCAUGAGCUUUAGAAACACUGAUCUGAAAGACCUCGAGAGUGAAAAAUCAGAACCCUGUGGAAUGAUUUCCAGUCCGAAGAAGGCACGACCAAGAUCUUGCAUUGCUUACAACGACGAUAAAUGCGGCAUCAUUCACAAAGGUGAUCUGCAGAACGCAAAGAAACGUUUCAGCGCCAUAGGCUCAAAAGCGUUUUACGCAUUGGACAAGCUGACCUCCGAAGACUCCGAGGAUUAUACAGACAGUCUGGAACACUCCCCUCUCAAUAGGAAGGCGAGCAAGCAGCCGCAGCACUCGAAACAUACGAGUUCUGAUCCUAAACUCAACGACGACGACGGUGUCCCUGGCGAAAUGAGAUUCAGAAAACUUCAGGAAAAAUGGGAAUUGAUGAUCGGAAAGGACGGCGGUAAGACUCAGUCCACCGUAACGACGCCUCCGUCGCCAGUUCGGACAUACGGGGCGUUGGGGAAGUCGAAGAUACCCAGGCUGCUCACGUUACCGGUGAAGCAGUCAAACGUCGCGACGACUGUCGCCGGGAAGUCGAUGAAAUCACCGAUGUCGGGAAUCCCUUCGUUGAAGAAACCCUCCACGUUUUCCGCAACGAAGACGACGCCGAAAAAGCCUGUGGACGCGAAGACAAGAGAGGUGACGCGCCGUACCAGCCGCGUGGAUCAGGACACUCUAGGCGGCACACGAAUUCAUACCGCACGCCCGAGUUCCUUACCCUACAAAUCGCACGGAAUAACGUCGAACGAAAGGAACCUGAUCUCACCGCAGAGACGAGCCGCUUCCACCUCUCUACCGCGUCCCAACGUUACCGCCACUUCGAGAACUCCAGUUUCGAAACCGUCACACAAAGAAGUCCGCACCGUCACUCACAGGAUACCAUCAGACACCGGUCACCUCUCGUUUGCGGAGGGGGAGAGAUUGAAAGUAAUAUUAGAAGUAGAUAACAAGUGGCUAUUGUGCGCGAAAGGCGAUCGUAGAGGUUUGGUACCGCGAGCAUGCGUGCACAGUAUUCAAACUUAGCCCCUCUACUCGAUAAGACUUCACGAUCGCAAAUAUGGUCCUAGACAGCAGCCGCAACUGUAAUAUCACCCUCCGAAGCCGAAAAAGAGAACGAGUUGCGAAGACAAGCUGAAGAGUUCAAAUUACCUAUCCUCGAGACGAUGCAGCAAUGAUGUACAGUGUAUUAAAAUUAAUUUUAAGCCGUACAAUAUAAUACGCAUUAUCACGCGCUUGUAAAGUUACUUUUAACCGAAGUUUAAAGUUUUAACUGAGACACACCUUGUUUCUGUCGAAACGCAAUAAUAGUAUUAUCGCUAGCGACGCCAUUGACGAGAUAGUGGUAUCACCUAGUCAGAGGAUUCUCGAAUGACACUUUACAUUUAGUUCGUUUUCAUUUGAGUAUGGUAUACGAAUGCGAGGAUAAGACGAUUCGAUAGGUCCUCGACGAAAAAAAGAACAUAUAACAGUGUGUAACGAUCUACACAUAUUAUGAAUGUAACUGUGAUCCUAGUAAAUAGGCGAUUAAGUUUAUUAGUAUAAUCGCGCGCUGUAUAUUUUGUUCCGAUGUUUAUAUACUGUGACUUUGUAAUUUAUUUAUGUCCAUUUUUGCACAAUGUGUCGCGCAUCAAUGAAUCCUCCAUUCUGGUUUUAUUCGAUGUAUCAGCCGUCAACGGCAUACACACCCUUACGAUGGCGGCAAUCACAUUUUUUACAUGCUUCGUGUAUUCCUGAUAUAUAUAUAUACAUAUAUAUAUAUAUAUACAUGUUAAGAUAUAUGAUAUCAUCAAAUAAAAAGUCUGUUGUGAAUUA